CCAUCGGUCGAGACGUGCGACUCGAACGGGCGGGAGAAUCAUACGGUGGUGGCGGAUAUGGACGGGACUUUGUUGAGAGGUCGUAGCUCUUUCCCUUACUUUGCGUUGGUUGCUUUUGAGGCUGGUGGAUGCCUAAGGCUUCUUAUGGUGCUCCUGUCAGCCCCACUGGCUGGACUGCUGUAUUAUUUUAUAUCGGAGUCUGCUGGAAUUCAGGUUCUUAUUUUUGCCACCUAUGCUGGGAUGAAGGUUUCCGACAUUGAGUCGGUGGGUCGAGCAGUGUUGCCGAAAUUUUACUCGAGUGAUCUCCAUCCUGAAUCGUGGCGGGUGUUCUCGGCUUGUGGGAAGCGGUGUGUGCUCACUGCGAACCCUAGGGUUAUGGUGGAGGGAUUUCUGAAGGAGUUUUUGGGAACUGAUGUGAUUUUGGGGACUGAGAUUGGAACUUAUAAAGGUAGAGCCACUGGUUUUGUGCUUAGUCCAGGCGUGCUUGUGGCUGAGCAGAAAGCAAAGGCUUUACGUAAAGAAUUUGGAGACAGUCCACCCGAAAUUGGACUUGGUGACAGAGACACUGACCUUCCCUUCAUGGCACUAUGCAAGGAGGGUUAUAUGGUGCCAUACAAUCCGGAAGUGAAGGCCGUGUCGAACGACAAGCUACCGAAGCCCAUAGUGUUCCACGACGGUCGUUUGGUCCAGAAACCGAAACCCAUAAUGGCCCUCCUCACCGUCUUAUGGAUCCCCAUCGGCUUUAUCCUCGCUUGCCUCCGUAUCGCUGCCGGCGCACUCCUCCCAAUGCCGCUAGUAUACUACGCCUUCUGGGCCCUCGGUGUCCGUGUCACCGUCAAGGGCACCCCUCCGCCCCCGGUCAAGAAAUCCUCCGGCCAAACCGGUGUCCUCUUCAUUUGCUCCCAUCGUACUCUCCUCGAUCCCAUCUUCCUGUCCACUGCCCUCGGCCGCCCCAUCCCCGCCGUGACCUAUUCCGUUUCUCGUCUCUCCGAGAUCAUCUCCCCGAUCAAGACCGUUCGGUUGACUCGUGACCGAGCCACGGACGCGUCCAUGAUCAAGAAGCUUCUAGAAGAAGGCGACCUAGUUAUCUGCCCGGAAGGCACCACUUGUCGGGAGCCGUUUCUACUACGAUUCUCCGCCAUGUUUGCAGAGUUGACCGACCACCUUGUGCCGGUGGCGAUGGUCAACAAGAUGAGCAUGUUUCACGGCACCACCGCGAGAGGGUGGAAAGGAAUGGACCCUUUUUACUUCUUUAUGAACCCUAGUCCGGCUUAUGAAGUUACCUUCCUGAACAAGUUACCGUUGGAGUUGACUUGCAGCUCCGGCAAGUCUAGCCAUGAGGUGGCUAAUUACAUACAAAGGGUCAUCGCCGCCACACUUUCUUAUGAAUGCACGGCGUUUACUCGCAAGGACAAGUACCGAGCACUCGCCGGAAACGAUGGCACGGUGGCGGAGAAGCCUAAGAAAAAGGCCAACAAGAUUAUGGGGUGCUAG